UCAUCUGUGUGCAUCAAUGAAAAGUCGAAAUAUGGCUUUGUUCAAGCAACAGAAGGUGGAGGAUGUUUACGAAAUCGGGGAAGAGCUAGGAAGUGGCCAGUUUGCUAUAGUGAAGAAAUGUCGAGAAAAAAGCACCGGUGUGGAGUAUGCUGCUAAGUUCAUUAAAAAACGUCAGAGUCGGGCCAGCCGUCGCGGAGUGAGACGGGAGGAAAUUGAACGGGAGGUUACUAUUCUGCAGCAGAUUCUGCAUGCCAACAUCAUCAAGUUGCAUGACAUCUAUGAGAACAAGACGGAUGUGGUCCUCAUCCUUGAGCUGGUUUCUGGAGGAGAACUUUUUGAUUUCCUAGCACAGAAGGAGUCUUUGAGUGAAGAGGAAGCAACCAGAUUCAUCAAGCAGAUUUUGGAUGGUGUGAAUUACCUUCACUCUAAGAAAAUUGCUCACUUUGAUUUAAAGCCUGAAAACAUUAUGCUUCUAGACAAGAAUAUCCCUAUUCCACAUAUCAAACUCAUUGACUUCGGCCUGGCUCACAAAAUAGAAGAUGGAGUUGAAUUUAAAAACAUUUUUGGAACUCCAGAAUUUGUAGCUCCAGAAAUAGUAAACUAUGAACCACUUGGACUAGCUGCAGAUAUGUGGAGCAUAGGAGUCAUCACCUACAUACUGCUUAGUGGUGCAUCACCUUUCCUUGGAGAAACUAAACAAGAAACACUCGCCAACAUCACAGCUGUGAAUUAUGAAUUUGAUGAAGAAUUUUUCAGCAAUACCAGUGACCUUGCAAAAGAUUUUAUUCAGAAACUCCUGGUGAAAGAUACACGGAAACGACUUACAAUUCAGGAAGCUCUGUCUCAUCCAUGGAUAACGCUGAAAGAAGAAACAAAAGUCCAAGAAAACAAGAAGGUUGAGAACACACAGCUGAAGACAAAACGCCUGAGAGAGUACACCAUAAAGUGCCAUUCGAGUAUGCCUCCCAAUAAUACCUACAUCAACUUCGAGCGCUUUGCCCGGGUAGUAGAAGACAUUUCACUUACGGAACGGGGUUUCAGCACUUUGGCUGCAUCCCAUGAUUCCUUGCAGGAGGACAUUGAUGCUCUGGUUUCCAUCUAUAAUGAGAAAGAAGCUUGGUAUAAAGAAGAGAAUGAAAGUGUGAGGCACAAGCUGUCCCAGCUGAAGUAUGAAUACCGUAAAAUUGAAUCCCUGAAAAGACAUCUACAAGAUGAUAUCAAGACUGUAGGCACUAGUCUUACAGGCAUAACUGGGAAAUAUGCUGAUCUGCAGAGUCAGUAUGAAUCUCUCAGUCAAGAACUUUCUGAGGAACUCAAGUGGAUACAGGAUUUAAUGAGUAGUUUUCAACUGGAAAACGAAGCCUAUGUGAAUGGAAACUUUGACUCUGUUUUCAGCAAAGAUACUAAUGAAUCACUAAUGGAGCUGUUAAAUAGAUCUCGCUGUGAAGAAUUCCUUGCAGGGUUGAAUCUCGACGUAGCAGAAUCAAAUCAGUAA